UUUAAAAAAAAGUUGACGUGAAGUUUUCAUUACAACUUGACAUGGCCCUCGACCGCAGGCACAGCAUGGCUUUCAAGGAUCAAUUGUGGAUUGUGUGCAUUGUUUUCAUUUCAUGUGUCGAUUUAAUAACCUGCCAAAGGGAUUCUUCAAAAGCGGAAGGCUCACAACCCGAGCUCUUCAUCUUCAGCGAGGUGUGCGCCUUCAAGAAGGACGAAGGACCCUGCAAGGCAAGAAAGGACCGGUUUUACUUCGACAUCGACAUAGGGCGCUGUGAGUCAUUCGAUUACGGGGGCUGCAAAGGCAACGCAAACAACUUUGAGAGCCUGGAGGCGUGCGAGGAAACAUGCUACGUGUCAGCUGACAAGAGCCCGUGUCACCUGGAGGAGGCCCCUGGUCCCUGCCGAGGACUCGUGACACGCUUCUUAUUUGACAGCCAGAGCCAGGAGUGCCGGCAGUUCUUCUACGGAGGAUGUUUCGGCAACGCCAACAACUUCAGGAGCUUGAAAGAGUGUCAGGCAAGAUGCCAGGACCCUGGAAACACCAGUGAUGCCACCAAAGUUCAUGACCCCACCAGCAAGCCUGGUGUGCAGCCGCUCAGAGUGACCGGUGAAUCUUCUCUAAGUGAAGCACAAACCUUGCCAAGCAGUCACCAAGUCCUCGACUUCAGCCCUCCGGACGUGUGCCUGCCUUAUGUAGACAGGGGCUCCUGUGACGGGCUGCAGAAGAGGUUUUUCUACAACCCCAAGACCAGUAGGUGUCACAUGUUCCGCUACAGCGGCUGUGGGGGCAACAAGAACAACUUUGUCCUGAAGAGGCACUGUGUGAGGACCUGCAUGAAUAUGAAGGGAGUGAAGGAGAGCACGAGGACCAUUCGCAUCAGGAAGAAAAACUCCAACCUCCUGUUCAGGUCCGUCUGAACUCAGGACUUCCUUUUAAAUCAUACACUACUUAAAGUCCACUUCUAUUUAUGUUGAAUAUCUCACUGUUGUACAGUAUCUGGUCAUGCAACAGUGUAAACUUGCUUAAAAGUAAUACACAUAUAAAUACUGUGUUGUUUAACACAGCAUGCUUAAUCAAAUAAGUUUCACUGUAUGAGAAUCAUUUUGUUUAAUACUAUUGCCAAAUAUAUGAUAUAAUCUUUGUUAGCAUUAGCAAUAGGCUGGACUGUAUGCUACUCUGUGUCAUACCUUUUCUUAUCAAGGUGAAGUUUUAGACAUGCAGAUUUACAGACGUUGUUGCAAGGUUACAUUUUGUCUUAUGAGGCUAAAUGAAUAGCCUACCAUGUAUUUAUAAUAGUGUAGUUGUCUCUUACAUUCAACUGUAUUUUAAUUUGUAUCAGUUGCUAUUAGUGGAAACUACCGACUCUCUCUCUUGCACCCACAUACACAAACAGAACACGGGAGGGCAGUAUUGUACUGGAGUCGUUCGCAUUGAGACGUUGUGAUUAGAUGGAUUAUACAGACAUAAAAAACAUUAAUUAGAAUAAAUGUAACUUUAAACAGGCUCAAAGUUUCUAUGAUAAGGAAUUUAAGUCAUUGGACUUUUCUGAAUCUAUGAAUUUUUUGGGUCUUUUAUUCCAUCUCAUGAAACAAGGACCGAACAUGUUGCCAUUAAAUUUGUAUUCGAUGUUUGGGAAAUGGGGAAUGUGGGUCGAGAAUUGUAAAAGGAUAGGAAAAACUACAUAGACAAUUGAAAAUCAUGUUCUAUGCUGGGGUUUGAUUAAUUGAAAAUGUAAGAAAUUGGAAAUGCAUUUUGCCGGCAAUUUUGUAGAGUAUGACGGACAUUUUGUAUGACACCAUACUCAUCCAUAUUCCAAAUGAUAAAGUAGCCUGUCAAUGGGUAUCUUUUGUACAUUUACAGUAGGCUACAGAUUCACGCUGCUAUAAUCUCUCUGUAUUCUUAAUUAAAAAAAUAAUAUGCAAAAA